AAUUUAUCAUCGUAGCAAAAGAUAAUAACAAUAAUAUUGUUAUCGCUUCCCCUUUCAAUAAAAAAAAAAAACACCAUCAUCGCCAGCCACCAGCAUCAUCGUCACAUAUUAUCAUUAGCCAUUAUUUAUCAACAUCGCAAUAACAACUCUUCCCCAUUCUUAAUUUAUCCAACAUACUUUUACAAAUCCAUGAUGCUUUCGCUGUGCAUGUUUUCAAUUGCAAUAAUAACAAUUAGACGCAAAAAUUCAAGUUGAAUAAUGUUUCCCACUUAGUUUGCUAUUUUAUGUACCUAUAGCUCUUUGUUUAAGAAUGUUAAAAAAUGAUCCAAUAACAAGCCUAGAUGAUGAUGAUGAUGAUCUAUUAUUUUUUGUUGUGGUGAAAAAAUGCUUUAAUUUGAAUAAGUAGAAAAUUCACUAUAAUUACGGCAAUUUUUUUAAGCACCAAAUUAAACUCUUUAUUUUUAUUACGAUUAUUAGAAACAAGCAUAUUUACUUAAAAAUAUUAUCGUUACGGUACUGUUCAUUUUUAGCAUUCCUUUUCGUUCGUGACCGUUCAGGAGUGCCCCAUUAAGAGAAUGUUAUAGGGAGGAGUAAAAAAUCGAAGUUGGCUUUUUACAAUACAUAAAAUUAUCAUCAGACAGUGACAGAAUGAAACAAUUUCAGUAAUUAAAACUCUUUUUAAGUCAUGUUCGCUUUUAUGUGUGACGGUGACACUUGUAGCAGCCUAGAUGACGACAAUUUUAAGUUUGGUUGUUCAAAGGUUUUACCCGGGCUUUAUGUGGGUAACUACAGGGAUUCCAAAGACGCCUCGCAACUAGAAAAACACCACAUCACGCACAUCUUGGCCAUUCACGACACCGCCCGAAAACUGCAUUCCGAUAAACACUACCUGUGUGUUAUGGCAUCCGAUUCACCUGAUCAAAAUUUAACCCAGUAUUUUUCUCUCUGCAACGAUUUCAUUCACGCAGCUCGAUUACGAGAUGGUAAUGUUUUAAUUCAUUGCUUAGCAGGGAUGUCCCGCAGUGUUACUGUAGCCGUAGCAUACAUUAUGUCGGUGACAAAUUUGAAUUGGAAAGAUGCCCUUAAAGUGGUACGAGCGGGUAGGGCGGUUGCCAACCCUAACCUGGGCUUCCAAAAACAGUUGCAAGACUUCGAAACAUCAAAGCUGUUGGAGGAACGAAGAAGAUUAAAAGAGCGAUAUCCCAGCUUGGCCUUAGUGAAACAAGAUGAGGAACAGUGCUCUGUAAUGCUGAAUAAUUAUGAAAAAUUAUUAUCGACUCGAGAUAUUUGCGAAGGUCGCUGUUCAAUGGGCGAAAAGUGCCCAGCUGGGGUCUGUCGAAUGCCCACGACCAAAAGAAGCAGACGACAAAGCAGCACAACAAGCGGUAACAGGAGCCAAUCAGAAACGUCCGUUACAAGAAGUUCCAGUACCCUAAGUAUUCGUCCGAAGUCUGGUCCAGCAGCAUUACCAAGUCAUACAAAUUCUGCACCAGCAUCGCGAAGUGGUUCGCGUUUGGACCUGUCAGCUAGUGGUACGGGUACCCUUACUGCUCCAAAUACACCCGCCACUACCCCUCCAGUUUCACCCGUCCGACUCCGAGGAAGAAGAAAAAUAAGUAGUCCCGCCACCCUACAAGAAGUACCUGGAUCAUAGUACAACCUUUGUCCUUUACAACUAUGAAGAACAUGUAUUGACCAUCAUUAAUUGGAAAAUAAGGUAACCGAAGAAUCUAUGAUCAAAGCAACUUGAAAUAUGUGAAACUUAUUGACCGUACCUUGUAUGUAGAUUUGAAAAAACAGAACCAAAUUGUUUGCUGUAACAAGGAGUCGCAUAUUAGAGGCUGUGUAUUAAAUAUAUUACCAAUGUAGAUGCAUGGAAGGUUACUGGCAGCGGUACCGACAAUUAAAGUUUAGUAAAUUUAACAAAAAUUAUAAACGCUGGUCGUUUAUUAGGUUAAAGAGUAGCAAAAGUACUUUUUUAACAGCAAUAAUAUUACAAAUUAUUUAAAAAGGUGAUUAAAACGUAGCCGAUGUAUGCUAAUUAAAAAAAAAAAACGCAAAACUCAUCGUCAGUAUACAGUUGUUAAAAUACGAGGGGUGUUG